GCAAGCAGCUAAUUAAUGAGCCAACGCGAUUGGCCACACACAGCACGCCAGACAAACACCUCCAAGACGUCGGUCCAGCCUCAUCCCACAGCGUGCCCUAUGCAAAGUGUUAAAAAUACAAACCUCUCGUGCAGUGUGUGUGCGCGUGUGUGUGUCUGUGUAUGUGUAAAGGCAACAAUUAUUUCGCUAAAAAUGUUGAAAAUUAACAUUCAAUGUGCAUAAUUGAAAUUCAUUUGCCGCUAAUUGCACACAAAUUACAAAGAAAAAAAAAAAAUAGAUAAACAAGAAAUAAACAAACGAAACAGACAAACGGCCAAACAAAGAGCUUAAGUGGCAUGCGCCGCAGUUACUGCCACUGCCACUGCCACAGUCACUGCCAAUUGCAGCUGCAUUCCGUGUGUGCUUAUCACCUCGCUCUUGAUGAUGGUAACCUCAUGCAAGAUCGACACCCAAUCUGCUGUGGCUGUUCCAAAAAUGAACUCGGUGCGCACCCAUAAACCACCCAGCAGUAAUAGCAACUCAUCCGGCUUUCGGCUACUGGACGGCGAUCAGCUCGAGAACAAUUCGAGUGUCAGUCGAAAUUCGAUAUACAAACUUAAGAUCGAUCUAAUGUUUGACGAUUCCAGAUCAAUGCGUAGCAGCCGCCUCGACGAUCCCAGAGGAUCGCAUCGCACGCGUUCCAUCAUCAUGUAUGGACGUAGUGAGCUGGCCAGCACCUCGGGCGAUAAGCCGAGAUCGCUCAGCAGCUUUCUGCAGGAGACAAGCGAAUCGGCCAAGGUGCUGGCCGAGGCGGCCAAGAACGAUGUGCAGCGCAUUAGCAACAGCGUGCAGGCACAAAUCGAGCAGCUCUUCACGGACGUGGCCAAGGAUGCAACGAAUAGCUUCGAUGUCACGUGCUUGGGCUGCCUGCCGUUAAAGGAUAAGGUGACCAGUCUGCAGGGUCUGCAGGAGCCACUGCGUCAGCUUUACCUGGCUGAGGUUACGAAGAAGAAGUUAAAAUCAGGGUCUUUGGAUAUUUGUGCAACCGGAUUGCGCAUUAAGAUCAGCGGCAUGUCCAGCACGAGCAGCGAGGAUAGCGAUGCCAAUAUUACACCAUUCCAUAAUAUUGCCGUAUGGUCUGCGGUAAAGUUUGUCAUCUCCGAGACGGAUGGAGGCGCCGCCUUUCUACCGCUCAUUACCGAUCCCGAUAACAUUGACAAGACUGCACUAUUCCAGCCGCUAAGCGCCAAUGAGCAGUUGGCUGUGGAGCAAAGCGAGCACAUGCAUGCGCCCAUAUUUGCGGUGGUUAUGCGCUCGGCCAAUGCGCCAAAGAUUCUGGAAUGCCACGGAUUCAUUUGCAAGAGCACCGAGGAUGCAAUUGUCAUCGCGGCCACGCUCUAUCAGAGUCUCAUGGCGCAUGUGAGCACCAAUUCGCACCGGAGCACCAAGCGACGCACGCCGCGGCAGCAAAAUGGCGUUAGCUGCAUCAGCAUUGCCAGCAGCUCGGCAAUGACCAGCUCGAACUAUUUGUCAAGAUCGCAGAUUGCGCCCAGCGCUUGUGGCCGUCGGAGCUCCUUUCGCAGCAGCAGCGGCAGCUUGGCGGGCAUGAGUCCCAAACAAAUGGGCGUGGCGGGCUCGACGCCCUCACGAUCGGCACGCAAGAAGCGCGUCUCGAGCAGCUCGCUCAGCUCCAACAGCAACGUGAUCAACGAGGCAGCCGAGAUUGAGACCUCAACGGAGGAGCGCAAACGCAAAUCGCACAAGACAAAGCGUGCGCCGCCAGUGCCGGCUCCAAAUGUGGGCGGCUACAAAAGCAGUUCGGGCCGCAGCAACAGCAUUGUGUGCACCAACGGACAUGUGAAUCGCCUGAACCACCAGCAUGCACACCCAAAGCAACCCACAACGCCUACACCAAAUGGCAAUGCAAGUGGCCGCAAAUUGAGCGACCUGGUGGGUGCUGGCGUUGCGGCAGCCGCCGGCGAUGGGGACAUACUGACGCGUGUGGCCAUACCCAGAUCGGGCAGUUUUCUGAACACCGGCGGCCUGACCAGGUACAAGUCGAGAGCGGCGCGUCGCACCAAUUCGGGCAAACUGGGCGGUGGCGGAGGGUUUGGUUUGGUUGAUUGGCAUCGUUUGAAUUGUGCUUCUAGUUCCCCACUUGGUUUCAGCGAACUGUUCAAUGAAUUUCGACUGCACGAGAAUCUGCACUCGCUAGACGAUAUACUUUAUGCCAUAAUCGAUGCAGAUGGCAUGUCCUUCAACGAUCUGAAGCCCAUCUACAAAGAGUUCCUGCUGAAGCUGGCAGUUACGCUCACACAGGACGAGCUCUUUCAGCGCUCCAAGAACAUUAUGCGUCGCCAGAAGAAGAAGAAACAGAAACGCAAGACCAGCAUAAAUGGCUCACAGAAGAAACCGAAGAGCAUCUUCUUUGGCACCAAGAGCCUAAAGAAGGUCUUUCAGCUGGGACAGUUUCGUGCCUGCCGCGGCAAGUUGGCCAAGCCGGCGCGUGCCAAGGAACCACAAGCGCCCAACGAGGACUCCAACAAGCUCAGACUGACGCCGCCCAUCAUAAUUGGCCCGCCAACCAGCCAAAGUCAUGCGCAGCAGCAGCAUCAACGCAAUCGCGCUGCCACCAGCGGCUCGGAUGUGUCCGUGGUGCGCAAUGAGCAUGCGCUGCAGGGACUCAACCGGAACAGCAGCAGUGGCUACGUCUCGUGCUCUGAGUGCAGCUACGACUCCGAAUCCUGCACCUGCGCCUCAGCCGAUCGCUGCUAUUGCAGCCUGCGCACGGAGCAUCUGAACCACAAGCUGCGCCAGAAGAACGAGCGCAACAUGGCCAUGGGCAACGCUCGCAAGCCGGCAGCUGGCAAUCGGCAUUCGCUGAUUUCGUGCAAGUCCGAUGAGAAGUGCUACUGUUCCAUGGUGGAGGAGGAGCCGAAUAGCACACUCGAGCACGACUCGGCCAAUGCACAUUCGGACACCACCACCUGGUGCGAUUCGGACAGCUGCAUCAGCGCCAGUAAAUGCUACUGCAAGCGCACUCAUCGCCGACAGCGGGCCAAUGCAGCAGCCGCAGCAGCAGCAGCAGCAGCCACUGUCAGCGAGGAUUCACUCAAUCAACAGCACAAGUCGCGUUCGUCCACUCGCAAGCCAAAGUCCGCAGAGAAGCUGGGCUUGGAUUAUGAACUCUUUACGAUCGGGGGCAACAGCAAGCCGGUGCAGCCGCACGAGGCGCUCAGUGUGAAGAAGAGCGUCGAGGCGGCCGCUGUCUUUGCGGACAUGAAACUUAGUCAGACGACGGACAUCAAGAGUCUCUGUCCGCCGCUGAACAGCCAGAAAUCUUCCAUUGUGCGUGCCGGCAAUGGCAGCUGCCAUUCGAAGGCAUCCACGCGACGUUCCUUGUAUCGAUCACGCGAAUCCUUUAGCACAGAUCGUCUGGGCCAUGGCAAUGGUAAUGGCAGCGUCAUACCGCUAUCCAUGCCGCUGCACAUGACCUCCAGUGUCGCCUCACAUAAAUCCUGCAGCGCCGAUGAUCUGUUGAUCAAUAUCAAAGCUCUGGAGAGUGCCGCCUCCAUACGCAGCAAUGUCAGCAGAAGCCGCAUGGCGAGCUAUCAAUCAAUGCGAGUGGUCAGUGCCUCGCUCGAGGAUUCGCUGGGGUAUUUGCCAUAGAAUUUGAAUAGAAUACUCAAAUCCCUUAGUUAGCUACAACUCACACAUAUACACAGCAUAUACAUAUACAUAUACACAUACAUAUACAUAUGCAUCUACAUGUAUGAAUACUUUCUAAGAAUCUUUUCUAACUAUAAUGACAGCUUAUGUUUCCCAAGAUAAUUAAAGCUGAUCUGUUAAUUAUCUUGCGAAACGUAAUCACUUAUUAAUAUUAUUACAAUUUUAUACUAUCUAGUUAUAAGUCAACGAACGCGUGAAUUUAUCCCUUAAGACUUGCAAUAUCAACUUAAACAAGGUGCAAUACGAUUACCAUUAUAACAAUUUAUAAUCCUAGAUUUCAACGCAGUGCAAUAUUUAUUAAGCUUGAAAUAAAA